CAGGCUGGCCUAAACGCCUAAAACACUCAUCAGUCCUCUCCUCCCUUUCUUACGAUCUCUCCUCCAGUCACCAUUUUAGGCUUGAGAUCGAUCCCUUUGCUGAGUGCCUGCCUUCUGGAUAUUGUUCUCUCUUGCUGUUAACGUUAAUUGCUGUCGUGGCGCGACUUUGAGUCUUUGUGCUGCUGCUGUCCUCCCCGAAGCUUUUCUCUCGGAUUCUUUGUGUUGCUGCUGCUGUCCUUCACGACCUCAGAGUCCAUUUCAUUAAAUUUGUCAAUAUUUGCAUUAGCUGUAGACGGUACAAUAAAGAUAUUAACUAUGGGAGAGGAAGAAACCGUAGGAGGAGAGCAGGGAAGCUCUCUUGCAGCUCCUGUCAUCUUUCUCAUCGUUGUGUUUUUCCAGUUUGUCUCCAGAUGGCUUGAGCACUUAAAGAAGAGUGCAUCUGAGAAUGCUACAGAAGUUCAGUUACGUGCAGAAAUAAAGCAGCUCUUGAAAGAGGCGAGCUCCUUUUCACAGCCAUCAACAUUUGCUCAAGCUGCAAAACUUAGGAGGUUAGCUGCUGCAAAGGAGAAGGAACUUGCAAAUCGUGAAGAAAUGCACAACAAGGAGAUCAAGCUGUCUUAUGAUUUAUACCUCAAAAUAAUAUUUAUCUUAAAGAUUGCAACAUACUUUAUGUUGAUUUGCUGGUUUUGGAGGACUCCUGUUGCUGCAAUAUCUCAACAAUUGGUGCAGCCCUUUGGAAAGGUGCUAUCUUGGGGUGCAGGAGGUCGUUUAAAGGACAGUGUAUUGGUUGGCAUUAUACCGUGGUUGAUAUUAUCUACCAGGGUUAGCAAAUUUGUCAUUCGAGUUUUCCAAUAGAAUAAGAAUUGUGAAUGUAUUCAUAUCUUUGUCAGAAGAACAGUAAAAAAAAAUGUUGUGCUUCAAUUUAUAUUUAAAUAGAGAAGGAUUAUGACGUUGGCAUCUUU